GGAAAAAAUUUUCUGCUUCAAAAUUUUAUUUAUUUAAGAUUAAUAGAAAUUCGAUUUUCUGUAUAAUAAUACACCUAAGCAAAAUGCGGAGAGUUUUCUGUAACAACUAUUUGUUUAUGAAAUACAGGGUAUUCCGUAAUUAAUCAGCUCAUCCCCUGCUUUCCUAUGUUGUUUUGUAGGAGAUUUUCGCCGGGUCGAGAUGUUACGCGAAGCUUUAAGGAUUGGCAGCAGGCGCUGGUAUAGCUACAAGUCAGUUCGCCGUCCAAAUCUGAGUGCCACAGCCGCUCCUAAGGAGGAACUGAAGCAGAAGCAGCCAGGAGACAAGCCUUCCGUCGAAAAUGGCAACGGUAGCCUGGCCAAACAGCUGCGUGCAAAGAUUCUGGCCACUGGACCCAUUCCUGUGGCAGAGUACAUGCGAGAGGUGCUGACCAAUCCUCAAGCGGGUUACUAUAUGAACCGGGAUGUGUUCGGUCGGGAGGGGGACUUCAUAACCUCACCGGAAAUAUCACAAAUAUUUGGAGAGCUCAUCGGGGUCUGGCUGGUGAGCGAGUGGCGUAAAAUGGGCAGCCCGUCGCCCUUUCAACUUGUGGAGUUGGGACCCGGCCGAGGCACUCUGGCCAGAGAUGUGCUGAAGGUUAUAACCAAAUUCAAGCAGGACGCCGAGUUCUCUAUGCACAUGGUGGAAGUUAGUCCAUUUUUGAGCAAGGCGCAGGCCCAGCGCUUUUGCUAUAAUCAUGAAAUCCUGCCGGAGGACUCGCAGAUGCCACAUUAUCAGGUGGGCACCACAGCCAGCGGGAUAAAAGCCUUCUGGCAUCGCCGGCUGGAAGAUGUACCACAGGGAUUUUCCCUAGUGCUGGCCCACGAGUUCUUUGAUGCGCUGCCCAUACACAAGCUGCAGUUGGUCGAUGGGAAGUGGCAGGAAGUGCUCAUCGAUGUUGCUUCUAAUAGUGAAAAAGACCCGAAGCAAGCGGACUUUCGGUAUGUGCUCUCACGCAGUCAAACUCCGGUAUCGAGUGUGUUCCGUCCAAUGCCUGGUGAGACGCGAUCCUGUCUGGAAUACUCAUUGGAGACAGAGCGGCAAGUGGGACUCCUGGCCGAACGCAUUGAACGGGACGGCGGCAUUGCUCUUAUCAUGGAUUAUGGACACUUCGGCGAGAAAACCGACACUUUCCGGGCCUUCAAACAACACCAACUUCACGAUGCCUUGGUGGAGCCAGGCAGCGCUGAUCUCACAGCAGAUGUGGACUUCAAGCUGGUUAGGCACACGGCAGAGAGCCGCGGAAAUAUCCACUGCUGCGGACCCGUAGAGCAGGGACUAUUCCUGCAGCGAAUGCAGGGGGAGGCACGACUGGAGCAACUAGUGGCACAUGCGCUGCCCGAGAACCAGCAAAUCAUUCGUUCUGGCUACAAAAUGCUCACGGAUCCAGCGCAAAUGGGAACUCGCUUUAAGUUUCUGGCCAUGUUCCCCGGUGUGUUGGCUUCUCAUCUUGACAAAUAUCCCGUUGUCGGAUUUAGUUAGUAGUAAAUUUAAGAUCUGAUUUUAAGGUUUUAAAUAUGUUGCACAUGAUUGUUAAACAAAA